GCUCUCUCUCUGAUGGGCGAAACCAGGAGAGAAAUGAAGCAGUCGGAAAGCCUCCAAGCCUCUCUCCCAGAAGAUAUCGCCCUCAAAAUCGCGUCUUUCCUCCCGGUGGGUGAUUUGUGUGCUCUGGGAAGUUGCAGCCGAUUCUGGAGGGAAUUUUGCGGGUCGGAUGUCUUGUGGGAGUCGCUGACGAGACAGAGAUGGCCUUCUUUGAAUUUCUCCACUGAAUCUUCAUCAGUUGAUCAUGGUGACUCUUCCUCUUUGGAGGGAUGGAGGGACUUUUACGUGAAGCGGCACACUGAGAUGGCCGAGCGAGCUAUGUCGGUUGUUCAGCAUGUCGAGCAAUGUUUGUUUUCCGAUUCUCUCGAGAUCAGAGACUACCUAAAAGCAAUCGAGCUCUUGAACUCCAUGCGACUCGGCUUCAAGGAUGUUGAAAUGUUUCUGUUCAGAGCAGAAGUGAAUGUGCUGCUAAACUUGGUCGGCUUGCAUUACUGCAUGCACUGGCUAGAAGUGCCGGCUGGACAUGUCAUGGAAGCGCUUCGGAAUAGUAAGAUCUCACAACGUCAAGUGUAUGUCAGAUGUUGGAAGGUCCCCAGAACAUUGCAUGGCCUCCGAUUCCGAGAUGCGCCUUCUCGUUUAGUUUCCCUGCAAGCUCUAGCAUUGCCUCAGGAGGACGAGGUCCUCACCAUGCUUCAUUCAACAUUGCCAUCCAUGGGGUCCUUCAUUUCCAGAUUUCAGUAUUACAUUAUACUGGCACUUCCAGGUCUUUCCAGGUUUUUUUAGUAAGUGUGCAUACCUGUAUGUUUUUUUUGUAAAGGAUGUUGUAAAUCCUUGCCACCGCAUCAAUCAAUUCUAAAGAUACUGGAUAACUUUGGAGUUGUUUGGUUUAGCAAAUGUUCAAGAAGUCGUUGGAUUCGUCAAAUGUUCAAGUUGGGACAUACAUCAAGUUCGCUUUCUCUACAUGUCGAUGUCCUUUAAAAUUUGCUACUGUGAUGUGGCUAUUUGAACAUCAGGUAAGAUCUAGCGAGGCAAUGCGGGUCUCCCCUGUUGUUCCUCGGCAUGUCUUCAUUGGCGACAUACACCUUUUAUCAUGAUGUGAUACUUGUGUUUCGGUCACGGAACCAUUGAGAAAGUCUCAUCUUGUAUUCUCUGGAA